AUGUACGCAAUGAUUAUGAAUGCAAAAGUUAAUGGUGAGAAGUACUAUGUGAAAGAAAUGGCACAGAAUGAGUUUAUGGAUAUAAAAGAACUGAUUAAAAACAAGAACUGGGUCAAAGAUGAGGAAGGAAAGAAAAUAUCAUGGUCUAAAGUAAUGGAAGUAAGCGUCUUACAUUCACAGCCAACAAUACUACACUUCAAAUAUGAAUUUGAUGCCGAUUCUGCUCGGGUGAAUGUCGAGCCGCAUCAAACUGUCACGGCAAGAAACAAGCGAGACACUAGACUAACCGCAAACAAAACUUCAGCUUCUUUUAGUGAACCCCAAUUGAAACUUGCAUAUAACAAAUCUCUACCAGUAAGCAAGGCUUUACACACCGAUCUUAUGAGUCUUUGUAGGGCAGAAGCCAUCCCGACUUAUUACCAUGGCUUUUACAAUUCUCUUACUUUUAUAAAUAGUCCUGAUGACCAUUUACAUGAUAAUUAUGAUGAAGAUGAAGAAGAU